AUGAAGAUGUUUAUUCGAUUUGCCACCUUGGGUUUAAUUGCCGCUGUUGUUAUGUCAUCUGUCUCCGCCGAAAAGGCUUCAACCGGUAACAAUCUUGUAGCUUCUGGUAGUCCUGCUCACGCAGCUGCUUUACCAGUUAAACGUACCUCUUUAUCUCGUAGAAAAGUAGCCUCUUUGAUUGAACGCAGAAGAAGAAUGUGCGACCAUCAUAACCACCGAAACUACCACGAUGGUGAUGAGAUCAAGCACCAUUACCGUCCUCGCCACCGCCAUUGUGGUGGUGGUUCCAUUGGCCACUGUGACAGCGACGAUUAUGAUGACUAUAAUGAUGAAUAUGACUUUGAUGAUGAGGAUUACUAUGAGUGUGACGAGUGUGACGAAUGUGAUGGUGAUGAUUUCGGUUACAUGAGUUGGGAAGACUAUGAAGACGAGAUUACCAAGUAA